CUAGCGUACAAGCCAUAAAGUUUACAUUCCACUUCGAAAUUGUGCAACAGCCUGCAGUCCAUACUUUGACAUGCAUGAGCUGCAGCUCUAGUUCGAAUAUACGUGCAUACAAAUUAUGAUCUACCACUUUCCAAAUUCUCACAAAUAUGAACUUGUAGCAAGUAAAGCAAGCUUUGCUCCUACAAAUUUCAAUCUAAGUUGAUGUUUACUUUGGCACGAAAAAACGUGUAUAUACCUAACCGCAUCCAUUCAAGAUAACAUCCCUAGGCAACAUUGAAUGUAUGUGACGCAAAUUUUUGUGCAUGAAAUAGUUUGAAAUAUUUUCUUUUUCUUUUUGUUUGAUACCUUGUUCACUGAAUCCGGCAUCAGCGAUGCAGGAGACGGUGAAGCGACCCAAAGGCCCGCCUCCAGGUGAGCAGCCGCAGCCUAACGCUGCUGGCUUCCGGACCCACGCCAAACCCGGCGCCUCGGUCACCCCGCUCCCAUCUCGCGGUCGCGCCACCACCGGUCGCCCCAAAGUAGGCUCUUCUAGAACCCAUCGCCCCUCCAGAAACCCGGUGGACCACCACAGCGGUCAUCCUUGACUAAAACACCAUCAAUGCACCUGCACAGGGGUACCUCAGCAUCACCGUUGAUUUAGAACCCACCUAAGCUCAUACGUGAGGGUCAGCCGACGCCCGCGUGACAAACACGAACCGGUGACCGGACUGCUCAACUGGUUCGCCACCGAAGACUUUUGACCCACCAGAGCGUAUCUUGACGGCUACGGCAUCGCUUCUUCCCCCUUCCAUCUCCCGUUAUAAUCACCUCCCCUAGCUCCACUCCCCGACCCAAUAUUCUCUCUUUCGUGGUGCAGCCACCCAUGGCGCCGACAAAUCAUCGCCGUCCGAUCCACGCGCCCGGAGCUGGGCGCUCCAUCGCUGCCCUUCUCUUGCUCCUCCUGCUUCUCCUCAUUCCCCGGUGCUCCCUUGCCCAGUCUGCCCCCCCCUCCGCCGGUGGCGGCGGCGGAGGCGCCAACAACAACGACAACAACAACAACAACAAUAACAACAAUUCUUAUUUGAAUGCGCAGAAUUUCAACCCUUCGAUGGCGAUCGUGAUCGUGGUGCUGAUCAGCGCGUUCUUUUUCCUGGGGUUCUUCUCAAUUUAUAUCCGGCAGUGCGCCGGCGAGGGGGCGGAGUCGGUUCGCUUCCCCAUGCGCGGGGGCGUGGGCGGGGGGCGGUCGCGGCGCCAGCGGGGGCUGGAUCCGGCGGUGCUGGAGACGUUCCCGACGCUGGUGUACUCGGAGGUGAAGGGGCUCAAGAUCGGCAAGGGGGCCCUAGAGUGCGCGGUUUGCCUCAGCGAGUUCGAGGACGACGAGACCCUCCGACUCCUCCCCAAAUGCAGCCACGUGUUCCACCCCGAUUGUAUCGACGCCUGGCUUGCCUCCCAUGUCACCUGUCCCGUCUGCCGCUCCAAUCUCGUCCUCGAUCCCCAAGCCCCCCCGACCGACUCCACCGAUCUCCAACUGCCGGCGCAGGCCGCCGUAGAGGCGACGGAGAGCGGCGGCCAGAGGUCUGAUGCGGCACCGGCGACGGAGUGGGCGGCGUCGUCAGCGGAGCAGGUGGUGAUAGUGGUGGACGAGGAGACGGUGGCGAGUGAGAGGAGGGAGGAGGCGGCGGAGCUGGAUAGGAUCGGGAGCAGGAAGCGGGCGAUGCGAUCUAGGUCGGGCAAUCGGCCGGCGAGGUUCGCGAGGUCUCACUCCACGGGACACUCCGUCGUGCAGCAGGGGGAGAAUCUCGACCGGUUUACGCUCCGGCUUCCGGAGCAUAUCCGGCGGGAGAUAUUCGCCUCCAGGAAGCUCCACCGGUCGACAAGCUGCGUCGCGUUCCCGACCGCGGCCGAAGGGAGCUCGCGGCGGGGAUACCGAGGCGGCGGAGGGGGUGGAUGUGAGGGGAGUAGCCGCGGGGGUAGGAGCAUCCGGCUGGGGCGGUCGGACCGGUGGCCGUCGUUUUUAACGAGGACGCUCUCGGCGAGAGUUCCGGCGUGGGCGACGGGAAGGAGGGGGGAGGGGGAGGGGUCGGUGAAGAAGGGGGACGGGGAGGGAUCCGCGAGGGGGAAGCGCUCCGCGGUUAUGGCGCCCUUCGACUGCCUAGGCGGCGGAGCCGCCGCCGGCGGGAAGGCCGAAGGCGUCGCCGACGUGGACGAAUCGUCCUCUGCCGCACUCGCCCGGCGGGUUUGACCGUAUCGAAUUUUCUCCUUUCCUAAUUUAUUAUUUCAUUAUUAUAUCAAAAAAAUCAAUUCAAAUACCCAUGGGUGACGUGGCGGCGGUAGUGCCGCUCGCCUUAAGUCCUCUUCUAUCAAAGAGCUGUUGCCUGUUUUAGACUCUUUCGUUUCAAAGAUGUACAUAGAACGUGUUGUAAAAUUGUACAAUUUUUGGUUCUUCCCUAAAUCCUGACCGUCGGAUGACACCUAGAACCGGAUGGGGGAUGUUUUUGGCUGUAUUUUUUUUGUGCAAUGGAAAUGGGUUUCUCUUUUUUUCUUU